AUGACAUACCUGGAAAAUGAAAAGUGGCCUGCAGAUCUGGGCAAAGACAUGGCACAUCUGGUGGCUGUCUGCAGGGACGGGGAAGAGGACUAUCUGUUUCUUGCACGCCAGAUUCCCUUGUCAAAGUUAAACAACGUAAUUGACUCUAUUCCCAAGAGUAAAAAGAACAAACGCUGUCAGCUGCACUCUUUAGACACGCACAAACCGAAGCCUUCAGGGGGCAGCUGGAUGGACGUGUGGGAACUGAUGUCACAGGAGUGUCGUGAUGAAGUGGUUUUGAUUGACAGCACCUCUUUACUGGAGACUCUGGAGACGUACCUGCACAAACACCGGUUCUGUACUGACUGUAAGAAUAAGGUUUUGAGAGCGUAUAACAUCCUAGUAGGAGAUCUGGACUGCAGUAAGGAGAAGGGCUACUGUGCGGCUCUGUAUGAGGGUUUACGCUGCUGCCCCCAUGAGCACCACAUCCACGUCUGCUGCGAGACCGACUUCAUCGCACACUUACUGGGCCGAGCAGAACCCGAGUUCGCUGGUGGUUAUGAGCGUCGAGAGAGACACGCGAAGACCAUAGAUAUCGCACAGGAGGAGGUGCUGACGUGUCUAGGAAUUCACCUGUACGAGCGGCUGCACAGAAUCUGGCAGAAGCUGCGAGCAGAAGAGCAGACGUGGCAGAUGCUCUUCUAUCUGGGCAUUGAUGCGCUCCGCAAAAGCUUCGAGAUGGCGGUGGAGAGGGUUCAGGGCAUCAGCCGGCUGGAGCAGCUCUGCGAGGAGCUCUCAGAGGAGGAGCGAGCAAAAGAACUCAAACAGGAGAAAAAGAGGCAAAAACGCAAGAACAGACGCAAAAACAAGUGUGGCUUUGAACAAGAGGCGGAGGGGGAAAAGGAUAAAAGUCUUGAUGAGGGUUCGUCUGAGUCUGUGGACGGCGGCUGUAAGACGUGUGGCAGUGGAGAGGAGUCUGUCAGCAGCGUGGAGGUCAUCAUCACCGGCAAGAGUUCAUCCUGCACCUGCUCUGCCGCCUCCAUCCUGCAUUCCCCCAAAACCAAGAAAGCACUAUUGCCUCACAGUAACGGCAGUGACUGUGGCUACUGUUCCAGUAUGGAGGGCAGCGAGACGGGAUCCAGAGAGGGCUCAGACGUGGCCUGCACUGAGGGCAUGUGCAACCAUGAUGAAACUGGUGAAUACUCAUGUAGUCACCGCUGCUCGGAGGAGAAGGAAGAGGACGCUGUGGACAGCUGUGUGGAGUGCUGGGCAAAUUCAGAAGACAACACAAAGGGCAAAAAUAAAAAGAAGAAAAGAAAAAACAAGCCGUCACUUUGCAGGAGUGAGCAUGGAUCUAAAGCGGUGGAGGGCUGUGUAUCUGGAUCUGCUGCUGUUCACGAGUCUCCCUCCCCUUCACUGCAUCUGUGCAGAAGCAAAGAAACUCCAUGCUGUAAAUCCUGUGAGAGCUUCUCUCAUCACGUGAGCAGCAGCAGACAUUUCCACAGUCAGCCUGUCUUACCGGACACCUGCGUACAGGAAAACAGCUGUGCCAAGAGCCUCACGGAGUUACUGUUUACCAGAUUUAGCACUACCUUAAGUUCACUUAUUUUUACUCACUAAAUGAUGUUUUUUCAC